AUGUCUGCAGAUCUUUUCGCUGCCUUCCUAGCAGAUGGAGCCAAUGAAAGUGAGGCGUUUAAGGGGUCCGAUGCAACAAUCGAUGUCAAGUCAACAAGCACGAUACCUCUAGUUACCCAGCAGAACCUUCAGCCAUCGAGUCAGGUCUGUGAGUUAUCGCAAGUAGGGAUCCCGAAGAAGGAACCCGCGCCGCUCUGGAGAAAGGAUGGUAAAGGAACUGAUGUCCUCUUCGAUGCCGAGGAACCCGAAGCCGACGAUGAUUUCGGAGCGUUCGAGACGGUAAGCGAUGCAAAGGCAGGCGAUUCCGCAGUGGAUGUGAUCAGCCAGAGUGAUCUCCAACCCCUCGUGCCAGAUCUUCUGGCCGACGAAGACUUUGUCCCGCAAGCUUCCGUUAUAAGGCCAAGAAUGGUCCGCACAGAAGAUAAUCACGCAGUCCAAGUUGAGCAACAGGGUAAAGGAACAUCCCCGUCAUCUUGGGACGAGGACUGGGGAGACUUCGAGCAAGUUGGGGCUGGAAAGCAGAGAAUGUCAGAGCAGCGGACAGACCAAGGCCAUCCCAAACCCCGUUCCACACAAAAGUCGAUUAUCGAGAUCUCGGAAGACGACUGGGAACCGUUCGAGGAUAGUACAUCUGAUCAGAAGCAGACCUCUGUUGACUCCCAUGCCAUUGCCACCUCUCCAGGUUCAGCCCAGGGAGUGCCGUCGCAAAUUCCGCGUACGUCACCUGCUUUCGAAAGACCGACAAAUAUCCCACCGCCUUCUUCUCUUCUGCAGCUACUGUCGACCGCGUUCGAGGUCCUCCACAAAGAUACCACCGAUCAGUCCAAGUUGAAGCCCAAAACAGAGUUGGCCUCUCAACUCAUGGUUACAUUCCGGACGGCAUGUCGAAUUGUCGCCGGAAAAUCACUGCGAUGGAAGCGAGACACAAUACUGGCCCAAAGUGUAAGGGUUGGACAAGCAGGGAAGAGCGGUGGGAUGAAGUUAGCAUCGCUCAAUAAGAACGAGAGCACUAAAGAGCAGAGAGAUGCGGAGGAGAUGAUCCAUGACUGGUCAAAAUAUGUUCAUGAGUUCAAGAGCAUCCUUGCGCAAGCGCGUUUUCAGCCACAUCGGUUGAGAAUUUCUGCCUCUCCCUCAAUUCAGACUUUGAGAUGUUCAAGCACCGGGGACUCGUCCAAACAAUGUGCUCUUUGCGGGUUGAGGAGAACGGAAAGGUUGGCGGAAGUCGACACGGAUGCUGACGAUAUCUUUGGCGAAUUCUGGACCGAGCAUUGGGGCCAUAAGGACUGCUACGACUUUUGGUAUACACACAAGGAUUUGCUAAGACACCGUUGA